AUGCAAUCGAUGUGUGCAACAAGGAGGCAAGGUGGCAAGGAGCCAAGGAGGCAAGGUGGCAAGGAGGCAAGGUGGCAAGGUGGCAAGGAGGCAAGGUGGCAAGGUGGCAAGGUGGCAAGGUGGCAAGGAGGCAAGGUGGCAAGGAGGCAAGGUGGCAAGGUGGCAAGGUGGCAAGGAGGCAAGGUGGCAAGGAGGCAAGGUGGCAAGGUGGCAAGGUGGCAAGGUGGCAAGGUGGCAAGGUGGCAAGGUGGCAAGAAGGCAAGGUGGCAAGGAGGCAAGGUGGCAAGGUGGCAAGGUGGCAAGGAGGCAAGGUGGCAAGGAGGCAAGGAGGCAAGGUGGCAAGGUGGCAAGGAGGCAAGGUGGCAAGGAGGCAAGGUGGCAAGGAGGCAAGGUGGCAAGGUGGCAAGGUGGCAAGGUGGCAAGGUGGCAAGGUGGCAAGGAGGCAAGGUGGCAAGGAGGCAAGGUGGCAAGGUGGCAAGGUGGCAAGGAGGCAAGGUGGCAAGGAGGCAAGGUGGCAAGGUGGCAAGGUGGCAAGGUGGCAAGGUGGCAAGGUGGCAAGGUGGCAAGGUGGCAAGGAGGCAAGGUGGCAAGGAGGCAAGGUGGCAAGGUGGCAAGGUGGCAAGGAGGCAAGGUGGCAAGGAGGCAAGGAGGCAAGGUGGCAAGGUGGCAAGGAGGCAAGGCGGCAAGGUGGCAAGGAGGCAAGGUGGCAAGGUGGCAAGGUGGCAAGGUGGCAAGGAGGCAAGGAGGCAAGGUGGCAAGGAGGCAAGGUGGCAAGGUGGCAAGGAGGCAAGGUGGCAAGGUGGCAAGGUGGCAAGGUGGCAAGGUGGCAAGGUGGCAAGGUGGCAAGGAGGCAAGGAGGCAAGGAGGCAAGGUGGCAAGGUGGCAAGGAGGCAAGGUGGCAAGGUGGCAAGGAGGCAAGGUGGCAAGGAGGCAAGGUGGCAAGGAGGCAAGGUAGCAAGGUGGCAAGGUGGCAAGGUGGCAAGGUGGCAAGGUGGCAAGGUGGCAAGGAGGCAAGGUGGCAAGGUGGCAAGGUGGCAAGGUGGCAAGGUGGCAAGGAGGCAAGGAGGCAAGGUGGCAAGGAGGCAAGGUGGCAAGGUGGCAAGGAGGCAAGGUGGCAAGGUGGCAAGGUGGCAAGGAGGCAAGGUGGCAAGGAGGCAAGGUGGCAAGGAGGCAAGGUGGCAAGGAGGCAAGGAGGCAAGGUGGCAAGGAGGCAAGGUGGCAAGGAGCCAAGGAGGCAAGGUGGCAAGGAGGCAAGGUGGCAAGGAGGCAAGGUGGCAAGGUGGCAAGGUGGCAAGGUGGCAAGGUGGCAAGGUGGCAAGGAGGCAAGGAGGCAAGGAGGCAAGGUGGCAAGGUGGCAAGGAGGCAAGGUGGCAAGGUGGCAAGGAGGCAAGGUGGCAAGGAGGCAAGGUGGCAAGGUGGCAAGGAGGCAAGGUGGCAAGGAGGCAAGGUGGCAAGGUGGCAAGGUGGCAAGGUGGCAAGGUGGCAAGGUGGCAAGGUGGCAAGGUGGCAAGGAGGCAAGGUGGCAAGGAGGCAAGGUGGCAAGGUGGCAAGGAGGGCAAGGUGGCAAGGAGGCAAGGUGGCAAGGUGACAAGGUGGCAAGGUGGCAAGUUGGCAAGGAGGCAAGGUGACAAGGAAAAAAGGUGGCAAGGUGGCAAGGUGGCAAGGAGGCAAGGUGGCAAGGAGGCAAGGUGGCAAGGUGGCAAGGUGGCAAGGUGGCAAGGUGGCAAGGUGGCAAGGAGGCAAGGUGGCAAGGAGGCAAGGUGGCAAGGUGGCAAGGUGGCAAGGAGGCAAGGUGGCAAGGAGGCAAGGGGGCAAGGUGGCAAGGUGGCAAGGAGGCAAGGUGGCAAGGUGGCAAGGAGGCAAGGUGGCAAGGUGGCAAGGUGGCAAGGUGGCAAGGUGGCAAGGAGGCAAGGAGGCAAGGUGGCAAGGUGGCAAGGUGGCAAGGUGGCAAGGUGGCAAGGUGGCAAGGUGGCAAGGUGGCAAGGUGGCAAGGUGGCAAGGAGGCAAGGAGGCAAGGAGGCAAGGUGGCAAGGUGGCAAGGAGGCAAGGUGGCAAGGUGGCAAGGAGGCAAGGUGGCAAGGAGCCAAGGAGGCAAGGUGGCAAGGAGGCAAGGUGGCAAGGAGGCAAGGUGGCAAGGUGGCAAGGUGGCAAGGUGGCAAGGUGGCAAGGUGGCAAGGUGGCAAGGAGGCAAGGAGGCAAGGAGGCAAGGUGGCAAGGUGGCAAGGAGGCAAGGUGGCAAGGUGGCAAGGAGGCAAGGUGGCAAGGAGGCAAGGUGGCAAGGUGGCAAGGAGGCAAGGUGGCAAGGAGGCAAGGUGGCAAGGUGGCAAGGUGGCAAGGUGGCAAGGUGGCAAGGUGGCAAGGUGGCAAGGUGGCAAGGUGGCAAGGUGGCAAGGAGGCAAGGUGGCAAGGUGGCAAGGAGGCAAGGUGGCAAGGAGGCAAGGUGGCAAGGUGGCAAGGUGGCAAGGUGGCAAGGUGGCAAGGUGGCAAGGAGGCAAGGUGGCAAGGAGGCAAGGUGGCAAGGUGGCAAGGUGGCAAGGAGGCAAAGUGGCAAGGAGGCAAGGUGGCAAGGUGGCAAGGUGGCAAGGUGGCAAGGUGGCAAGGAGGCAAGGUGGCAAGGAGGCAAGGUGGCAAGGUGGCAAGGUGGCAAGGUGGCAAGGUGGCAAGGUGGCAAGGAGGCAAGGAGGCAAGGAGGCAAGGUGGCAAGGUGGCAAGGAGGCAAGGUGGCAAGGUGGCAAGGAGGCAAGGUGGCAAGGAGGCAAGGUGGCAAGGUGGCAAGGAGGCAAGGUGGCAAGGAGGCAAGGUGGCAAGGUGGCAAGGUGGCAAGGUGGCAAGGUGGCAAGGUGGCAAGGAGGCAAGGUGGCAAGGAGGCAAGGUGGCAAGGUGGCAAGGAGGCAAGGUGGCAAGGAGGCAAGGUGGCAAGGUGGCAAGGUGGCAAGGUGGCAAGGUGGCAAGGUGGCAAGGAGGCAAGGUGGCAAGGAGGCAAGGUGGCAAGGAGGCAAGGAGGCAAGGUGGCAAGGUGGCAAGGAGGCAAGGUGGCAAGGUGGCAAGGUGGCAAGGAGGCAAGGAGGCAAGGUGGCAAGGAGGCAAGGUGGCAAGGUGGCAAGGAGGCAAGGUGGCAAGGUGGCAAGGUGGCAAGGUGGCAAGGUGGCAAGGUGGCAAGGAGGCAAGGAGGCAAGGAGGCAAGGAGGCAAGGUGGCAAGGAGGCAAGGAGGCAAGGUGGCAAGGUGGCAAGGAGGCAAGGUGGCAAGGAGGCAAGGUGGCAAGGUGGCAAGGUGGCAAGGUGGCAAGGUGGCAAGGUGGCAAGGUGGCAAGGAGGCAAGGUGGCAAGGUGGCAAGGUGGCAAGGUGGCAAGGUGGCAAGGUGGCAAGGAGGCAAGGAGGCAAGGAGGCAAGGUGGCAAGGUGGCAAGGAGGCAAGGUGGCAUGGUGGCAAGGAGGCAAGGUGGCAAGGAGGCAAGGUGGCAAGGAGGCAAGGUGGCAAGGUGGCAAGGUGGCAAGGUGGCAAGGUGGCAAGGUGGCAAGGUGGCAAGGUGGCAAGGUGGCAAGGAGGCAAGGUGGCAAGGUGGCAAGGAGGCAAGGUGGCAAGGAGGCAAGGUGGCAAGGUGGCAAGGUGGCAAGGUGGCAAGGUGGCAAGGUGGCAAGGAGGCAAGGUGGCAAGGAGGCAAGGUGGCGAGGUGGCAAGGUGGCAAGGAGGCAAAGUGGCAAGGAGGCAAGGUGGCAAGGUGGCAAGGUGGCAAGGUGGCAAGGUGGCAAGGUGGCAAGGAGGCAAGGUGGCAAGGAGGCAAGGUGGCAAGGUGGCAAGGUGGCAAGGUGGCAAGGUGGCAAGGUGGCAAGGAGGCAAGGAGGCAAGGAGGCAAGGUGGCAAGGUGGCAAGGAGGCAAGGUGGCAAGGUGGCAAGGAGGCAAGGUGGCAAGGAGGCAAGGUGGCAAGGUGGCAAGGAGGCAAGGUGGCAAGGAGGCAAGGUGGCAAGGUGGCAAGGUGGCAAGGUGGCAAGGUGGCAAGGUGGCAAGGAGGCAAGGUGGCAAGGAGGCAAGGUGGCAAGGUGGCAAGGAGGCAAGGUGGCAAGGUGGCAAGGAGGCAAGGAGGCAAGGAGGCAAGGUGGCAAGGUGGCAAGGAGGCAAGGUGGCAAGGUGGCAAGGAGGAAAGGUGGCAAGGAGCCAAGGAGGCAAGGUGGCAAGGAGGCAAGGUGGCAAGGAGGCAAGGAGGCAAGGUGGCAAGGUGGCAAGGUGGCAAGGUGGCAAGGUGGCAAGGUGGCAAGGAGGCAAGGAGGCAAGGAGGCAAGGUGGCAAGGUGGCAAGGAGGCAAGGUGGCAAGGUGGCAAGGAGGCAAGGUGGCAAGGAGGCAAGGUGGCAAGGUGGCAAGGAGGCAAGGUGGCAAGGAGGCAAGGUGGCAAGGUGGCAAGGUGGCAAGGAGGCAAGGUGGCAAGGUGGCAAGGUGGUAAGGUGGCAAGGUGGCAAGGAGGCAAGGUGGCAAGGAGGCAAGGUGGCAAGGUGGCAAGGAGGCAAGGUGGCAAGGAGGCAAGGUGGCAAGGUGGCAAGGUGGCAAGGUGGCAAGGUGGCAAGGAGGCAAGGUGGCAAGGAGGCAAGGUGGCAAGGUGGCAAGGUGGCAAGGAGGCAAGGUGGCAAGGAGGCAAGGUGGCAAGGUGGCAAGGUGGCAAGGUGGCAAGGUGGCAAGGAGGCAAGGUGGCAAGGAGGCAAGGUGGCAAGGUGGCAAGGUGGCAAGGAGGCAAGGUGGCAAGGAGGCAAGGAGGCAAGGUGGCAAGGUGGCAAGGAGGCAAGGUGGCAAGGUGGCAAGGAGGCAAGGUGGCAAGGUGGCAAGGAGGCAAGGUGGCAAGGAGGCAAGGUGGCAAGGUGGCAAGGUGGCAAGGUGGCAAGGUGGCAAGGAGGCAAGGUGGCAAGGAGGCAAGGUGGCAAGGUGGCAAGGUGGCAAGGAGGCAAGGUGGCAAGGAGGCAAGGUGGCAAGGUGGCAAGGUGGCAAGGUGGCAAGGUGGCAAGGAGGCAAGGUGGCAAGGAGGCAAGGUGGCAAGGUGGCAAGGUGGCAAGGAGGCAAGGUGGCAAGGAGGCAAGGAGGCAAGGUGGCAAGGUGGCAAGGAGGCAAGGUGGCAAGGUGGCAAGGAGGCAAGGUGGCAAGGUGGCAAGGUGGCAAGGUGGCAAGGUGGCAAGGAGGCAAGGAGGCAAGGUGGCAAGGUGGCAAGGUGGCAAGGUGGCAAGGAGGCAAGGUGGCAAGGUGGCAAGGUGGCAAGGUGGCAAGGUGGCAAGGAGGCAAGGUGGCAAGGUGGCAAGGUGGCAAGGAGGCAAGGUGGCAAGGAGGCAAGGUGGCAAGGUGGCAAGGUGGCAAGGAGGCAAGGUGGCAAGGUGGCAAGGUGGCAAGGUGGCAAGGUGGCAAGGUGGCAAGGUGGCAAGGUGGCAAGGUGGCAAGGAGGCAAGGUGGCAAGGAGGCAAGGUGGCAAGGUGGCAAGGUGGCAAGGAGGCAAGGUGGCAAGGUGGCAAGUGGCUCACGACAAUGGCACCACCCACCUGGCCACAUCACCCACCUGGCCACAUCACCCACCUGGCCACAUCACCCACCUGGCCACAUCACCCACCUGGCCACAUCACCCACCUGGCCAUAUCACCCACCUGGCCACAUCACCCACCUGGCCACAUCACCCACCUGGCCACAUCACCCACCUGGCCACAUCACCCACCUGGCCACAUCACCCACCUGGCCACAUCACCCACCUGGCCACAUCACCCACCUGGCCACAUCACCCACCUGGCCACAUCACCCACCUGGCCAUAUCACCCACCUGGCCACAUCACCCACCUGGCCAUAUCACCCACCUGGCCACAUCACCCACCGGCCACAUCACCCACCUGGCCACAUCACCCACCUGGCCACAUCACCCACCUGGCCACAUCACCCACCUGGCCACAUCACCCACCUGGCCAUAUCACCCACCUGGCCACAUCACCCACCUGGCCACAUCACCCACCUGGCCACAUCACCCACCUGGCCACAUCACCCACCUGGCCAUAUCACCCACCUGGCCACAUCACCCACCUGGCCAUAUCACCCACCUGGCCACAUCACCCACCUGGCCACAUCACCCACCUGGCCACAUCACCCACCUGGCCACAUCACCCACCUGGCCACAUCACCCACCUGGCCACAUCACCCACCUGGCCACAUCACCCACCUGGCCACAUCACCCACCUGGCCAUAUCACCCACCUGGCCACAUCACCCACCUGGCCACAUCACCCACCUGGCCAUAUCACCCACCUGGCCACAUCACCCACCUGGCCACAUCACCCACCUGGCCACAUCACCCACCUGGUCACAUCACCCACCUGCACGCAUCACCAUCACCCACCUGGGCCUCGGGAAGUUUUUCUUCAGAUUGGGGACUUGCGGCUUCACGGCUUCGCCCACCGGCACGCCCUGGCAGGCUGCGUUCUCGAAGAACGUGACCUUGGUGCACACCGCUUGUCGCCUCCCUUUGCUGUUGCUCUGCCACGGCGCUCCCCGCCACAACACUUCCACGCCCUGGCUCGCCUCGCUGAGAGACGCCUGGGCAGAAGGCUCAAGGGUGACGCACGUGGCUGGGGCGUCAAAGCUGACGAGGCGGUGAGCUGGCACCACGUUGACCUGCGUGGCCACCUGCACCUUUGCCUUCACUGCCCCGCCCGUGCUGUCUCCCCCCAUCCCAACCCCCACCCCAACUCCCGCUGGCAUCUCGGCAUUCCCAUUUUCCACGGCCAUAAAUGUAUUAGAUCUGCUCAGCCAUGA